UUGUGAGACCAUGCUAGGUAAACAGGAAAGACUCCGUCUACUGGACGACUGGAAUCUGCUUACACCAUUUAAAUAGAUAUUCCUCAAGUGUAACUUAAAGUAACACACAAUGUAUAGCGGACUUCUUCCGAAAGGUUUGUCGGAAGCAGACCUUAGUUCUAACGACAGUGAGAGUGAUACUGGGGAACCUGUCCUUUGUGAAGCAUCGCAAACUAGAGCCAGCGACCUGUUCACUCAAGAGCCAGCUACGAAAGGUGAGAUACCUCAGACUGUGGAUGAGGCUGUGCAAGUACAUUCUUCAGAUGAAUGUUUACCUGGAGUCUCUGAGGAAGUAUGGAACAAGUUCAAAGACCUCCAGAAGCUAAAGGAUAAACAGAGGCAAGAGGACUCCUCAAUAAAACGAAAAAGAAAGCGAAGAGCAAAGAAAAGAAAACGUUCUGACCCUGCAACACAGAAGGACUCGAACGAAACUGACAAAGUGACUGCACAAGAGAAACACGUGGAUGGAUUGAAACAUUUCUUUGGCAUUAAUGACAGAUUCGAGCCUCCAGCCUGUAGCAGGCCCCCACCUAUGUCUGGACUAGAAAAGACCAUAGACACUGCUAUAGCUGCGGGGGACUUUGAAAGGGCUGAAGAACUGAGUGACAAGUUGGCCACUCGAGAUUUGGCUGUAAGAAUUAAAGAUGCGGUUGAUUGUCGUGACUACGUGGAAGCCCAGAAGAAAAUCGAGGCCUCUAAGGCAGAGAAACGCAGGAAGAAUCUUGCUUGGGGUUUUGAAGCAAAGAAAAGAUGGGAAACCAAAAGUAACAUGGGCUAUAUGUGAGCAGUUUUGUAAUAAAUCAGGUCUGUCAAAAUUCA